AUGCAAGUGACGCAUUCGGAGGGAAGCUCGGAACGGGAUCAACUUCGGGAUGAUCUCCCUCCUUCACACUCCAACAUCUCCAACUCAAGUCAACAGUAUUAUGAUUUGAACCUGAUACUUGAUUACCCUUCCAGUCUGGCACUGGGGAGAAUGCAAUUCGCCGUACCUCCGCGGAGGAGUCCGCUCCCAAUCGCACGAUCAUCGCGAACACCCUACCGAAGAAAGCAGCUCAAGACAAUCGCUAUCUUCAGCUUCGCAAUCCUCUCCCUCCUCUACCUCUUACACCACUUCUUCUCCUCAAUCUCGACAUCCGUCGCCGCAUCAGCAGGCACGUCAGGCGUUGUCAUCGUCACACUACUUGAUCGCAAACAAUUCAGUGAGAGCUAUGUGAAGAAGAUCAUCGCAAACCGGGAAGAUUAUGCAAAGCGCCACGGGUAUACAACCUUCUUCGCCAACACAGCCGACUACACCGAAGCAAUCGGCGACGCCCCACAAAGCUGGACCAUAGUUCCAGCAGUGCGCCACGCACUAGCAACACACCCCAAAGCAGCAUACAUCUUCCACCUAAGCCCGCACUCCCUAAUCAUGAACCCGAGCAAAUCACUCAAAUCCCUUAUCCUCGAGCAAGGCCGGUUGGAAUCGCUCAUGUUGAAGGAUACACCCGUCGUCCCACCAGACAGUAUCAUCAAAACAUUCACACAUCUCCAAGAAAAGGACGUGGAUCUGAUCCUCACGCAAGACAAGGAGGAUCUCAACCCUGGCAGCUUCAUCCUCCGGAAUGGAGAGUUCGCUAGAUUCUUCCUUGAUAUUUGGUUUGAUCCGUUGUAUCGCAAUUAUAAUUUCGCCAAGGCGGAGAUUCAUGGGUUGGAUCAUAUCAUGCAAUGGCACCCAACUGUCCUUGCCCGCACUGCCUUGGUACCUCAGCGAACAUUGAGUUCGUAUGGAAAGGAUUCCCCGGCUGCGUCGUUGGAUGGGGUCUACCAGGAUGGUGAUCUUGUUGUUCAUUUCCAGGGCUGUGAGGAUGCCGAAAAGGGCCGUGAUUGCGUGUCCGAAUUCGAGCCGUAUUAUAAGUUAUGGCUUAAGAAGGUUAAGAGUGACUAG